CGGACGGAAAUAACGCGAACGGGCAUCGCGACGCUGAUGCGCCUCGUAUCGAACUUUGGUGUGGUGAAUUAGUAUGAUUAGGAUAUGUCAUAGGUAAUUAGAGGACGUAGCAGAAUUCUAUUGGUAGUUAUAUAAAGUGAAUUCCAUUGACAGUUCUGGAUACAAGAAAGUUUCGCAUGAAAACACUAAAUGAUCAAAACGUGUAUAGCAAGCAAACAAAGCACAGAUUCGCAAUGUGGCUGCCUCGCGGAGCAUGUAUGUCAUAUUUCCGGCAGAUGAAGUAGUAUAUCUGUCUUAUGGUCGCCUCAUAUACGUGCCCUCGUCCUCUUCACCCGAAAACCAUUUGAAUACAGCACCUAUCAGAACCAACUCCUUGGAAGAAAGCGGAAUCAACCUUUCCAGCGAGCUAAGUCAGUCAAGAGUAGACUCCUAUAACCCACAAAGCAACGAGAAACCUUGUACUAGUAGAACAGCUGAUUUUGGAAGUUCAAGAACACACAGCAAUCCAGACAAAUCGAAACCGAGCCAACCGGGUUUAUGUAAUUCAUUAGAAAGACCACCACCACAUCGAGCAAUAAACUCGAAUAGCACCAAGUCAAGCACAUCCAGUAAAAAAAGUUCUGGCUCUUCAAAAUCCACCACUGCUCUUUUGGAAUGCAAGGAACCAGAUGCCAGCAGUAACUCAAAUCCAGGAACCACUAAAAAAUUGAGUGGCAACUCUUUCAAAUCUUUUUUUAAAUCUCGCCUCAAUUCCGAGAAAACACCUGAAUCGAUUCCAGUGCGACCCGAAAGAAAAAAAGACAAGAAGCUUCCUACAGAAAGAAAGCUUUCAUAUAAUGACUAUCUCACUGUAGGCAGAGAGAGAACUGAAAUACCUCGUAGUGACAUAGUUAACACGAGAAGUGACCAAGUACAGGACGUGAAGAGUGAAAAACCUAUCAAACGUGAAAAAUCGCCCGUGUUUCGAUUUUUUCGCGCUCAAUCGUCGAGUCCGAGAACUUUAGGCUGUGACAGAACAGCUUUUGAUUUCGACGGUUUGUUUCGACAAGAAUCGAAUCCUGGAAAAUUGUCAGUGAAUUCUGUGCUACGAAGACCUGGUGUGGGCUCAGAAUCGAAUUUGACCAACCGUCAAUCAUCAG